CUCUGAUCGAUAGCAUAAUUAUCGGCAAACGAUACGAAAGCGUUGUUUUGUGUGUUUGAAGACUCAGUCAGUGUUUGACAAAAGUUGUGAUCUUUUAAUCAUUUAAUUGUCUUUAAUAUCACCACUACUUAGUCUAAGACAUUGGUUUGUGACUUACGUUUGUUAAAUACAUAGACAUCUGUUUUGAAGACAUGGCAUACAAAGGGUCGCAGAAGAUUCAGAAAGUGAUGGUUCAGCCCAUUAACCUUAUCUUCAGAUAUCUGCAGAAUAGGGCUCGCAUUCAGGUGUGGCUAACGGAGAAUAUAACGAUGAGAAUUGAAGGACAUAUUAUCGGAUUUGAUGAAUACAUGAAUCUGGUCUUAGAUGACGCACAAGAAGUCUAUAUGAAGACCAAAGUACGCAAACCAAUUGGUCGCAUACUUCUGAAGGGCGAAAACAUUACACUUAUUAUGAGUACACAACCGCCACAGUAAUAGCUGAUCCCAUUUGAUGUCAUCACACUAUCACUACUAUUAUUAUUUGACGACUAUUUAUAUGAUAAUUAAUGUCUAAACUAUAGUUUACUUUAUUUCUCAUUAUUGUAUUUUUGUAAUUAAUGUAUCAUUUUAUAUAUUAAUAUUAUUAAUCAUUUAAUAAAUA